CACAGGUGUCCAACCACGUGCUUUCCUCCCACAUCAAGGUUCGUUCCAAACGCGCGCGCCAACCGCCAACGGAGUGUCAAGCGUCUCCAUGGAAACUUGACCGGUGCUUGGCGGCUUGUUUUUUCGAUAAAAUUGUUUCAUUUCACAGUUCAAUCCACUAGCCGGAUCGUAGCAAGCUUAGUCGGUUUGGUUUGCUCGUGAAACCAAAACACUAAACUCAACCGAUUCUCCACCGGGGGACAUUUGAGGUCCGGGCCAGACGUUCCGGGGAACUGCAAAUUGGUCCCAACGAUCGGAUUAUUUAUUUAUGUGAUUUAUCAAUUUAUUUUUCUGCCCUGGCCAGGGGGCUCCGGAGAAGCGCGUUUCGUGGUGGCACUUGAUAGGAGGAGAUUUUUAGACGACAACCCGCGAACAAUCUGCCUUUGACAACGCGUUCCGGAAAAAUCCCGGCGUGGAAAAUAUUGGCGGAAAACGCGGCGAAAAAAUCAGCUCGUCGACGGCAAUAAAAGCAGAUUAUAAGCUCGUAUCGGUCAGCAGUUGAACAAUAAAAAUGGGACCAAAGAAGGCAAAAGGAAGCACGGUCAUCGAUGGCGUGGACACGUCCAGCAUGUCCCGCGAGCAGCUGGAGCAGUUUGCGCUGCGGCUGCGCAACGAGAUGGAACGGGAGCGGGAGGAGCGCAACUUUUUCCAGCUGGAGCGCGACAAGCUGCGCACGUUCUGGGAGAUUACGCGGAAGCAGCUGGAGGAGGCGAAGGCCACGAUCCGGAGCAAGGAGCGGGACGUGGAGGUGGCGCAGGAGCUGGCCGAUCAGGACACGAAGAACGUGACGCAGGAGAUGAAACACCUGCAGUACGAGCACCAGUCGCACAUCGGGGAGCUGAAGGCGGAGAUGAUGACGCAGCUGAAGAUGGCGCAGGAGGAUCAUGCGUUGCAGGAGCGGGAGUUGCUGAAUGAUAAGCGGGAGUUGAGGAGGUUGUUGAGGGAGAAGGAGGAGAAUGGGGAGCUGGAGGUGCAGCAGUUGAAGCUGAAGCAUAGUGAGUUGUUGAGUCAGGAGCGGGCGAGGUUUAAGGAGGAGAUUGAGGCGAUGACGAAGCUGUUUGAGCAGAGGUUGGCGAGUUACAAGGAGGAGGCGGAGGUGCGGCAUGAGAUGGAGCUGUCGGAGGUUGAGGAGAGGAAGAAUGCGCAGAUUUCGGAGUUGAUACAGACGAACGAGAAUGCUUACAAGGAGAUGAAGGGUUAUUAUAAUGAUAUUACGCUGAAUAACUUGGCUUUGAUCAAUAGCAUGAAGGAACAGAUGGAGGAGCUGCGCAUUCAGUGCGAUAAGGAUCUGAAGAAUAAUUCGGAGGUGAUGGCGGAGAAUCGACGGUUGGUGGAACCGCUGAAGAACGCGCAGACGGAGUUGGUUGAGCUGCGGAAGAAGCUGCACUACUACGAUCGUGACAAGGCAACGCUGAAUCGGGUUAAAUCGAGGUUGAGCAGUACGCAGAAGCAGCUGAGCAGCUUGAAGCUGGAGUCGGACGUGCUGCAGAUGCGCUGCGAGAAGCUGGUUGAGGAGCGGGAUCAGCUGAAAAGCAUGUUUGAGAAGUCGAUACUGGAGUUGCAGCAGAAGUCGGGGCUGAAGAACUCGCUGCUCGAGCGCAAGCUGGAGUACAUUGAGAAGCAGACGGAGCAGCGGGAAGCGAUCUUGGGGGAGGUGCUUUCGUUGGCCGGGAUUGAACCGCAAUCGCUCAGCAUUCGGAUCGAGAAGCUGCUGGUGCAGAAGAACGACAAGAUUCAGGAUCUGCGGUACGAGCUGGCGCGGGUGAGCAAGAUGUACGACGAUCUGCUGUCGCUGAUGGAGGCCAAGCUGGCCAAGUUUGGCAUCACGCUGAAGGAUUUGGAACUGGGCAGCUUGCGGGUGGAGAAGUAGUGGGUUUUGAGUGGGGUUUGGUUUGAGAUUAUGUAUCUUUUGAGAAUAAAUUUGCUGUGAUUGUG